GGGUCUAUAACUGCUCAUGCGGAGAGGGAGACGCUUUAUACUACCGUCUGGAGCCCUUACUGCCAGGAUCGGAGUCGCGCCUGCUGCUCGGUGUCACUGAUUAAUCCACAAAUAUGUCUGACAAACCCGAUAUGGCUGAAAUUGAGAAAUUCGACAAGUCUAAGUUGAAGAAGACAGAAACGCAAGAGAAAAACCCACUGCCUUCAAAAGAAACGAUUGAACAGGAGAAACAAGCGGGUGAAUCGUAAUGAAAUCAGCCCAUCCAAAUUAUGCACUGUACAUUCCACAAGCAUUGCCUUCUUAUUUUACUUCUUUUAGCUGUUUUAACUUUGUAAGAUGCAAAGAGGUUGGAUAAAGUUUAAAUGACUGUACUGCCCCUUUCACGUCCAAAAAAAAACACCACCCCACAACCGACAAUGAUGACGACGAUGACAAAAGAAUAGAGAAAACUACUGACGCUGAAACAAAGGCGCUGUCUUUUCCAUCUGCCUGUCCAGCUUUGGUCUUGGUGGCACGAAAGAGCUUGCAUGUUUCUGGAAAGAAGAUCCUGGGAAAAAAGGGACUACAGUAAUCUAGUAACACCUGAAUAAUACGCAAAGCUGUACCCAAGGUCCUGCGAGCUGUAUAAAAUGCAGUUAAUCGAGUGCCAUUUUUUUUGUUCAAAUGAUUUUAAUUAUUGGAAUGCACAAUUUUUUUAAUAUGCAAAUAAAAUGUUUUAAAACCUGGA